GUAAGGCGGAGCCCCGCCGGAGAAAAGCGAAACUCGGGCUUCAAGGAUGCGUCUCUAUCUGGAGAGUCUCCAAGGCUCCGUGGUUGCACAAAAUGAUCAUAUGACCUUGGGACACAGCAAUGGUCAUAAGUAUGAACCAGCUGCCAAGCAUCUGAAUUUUGAUCACCUGAUCAUGGGGAUACUACGAAGGACGUAACUAUGAAAAUGGUCAUGUCACUUUUUUCAGUGCCAUUGUAAUUUUGAAUGGUUACAAUGAACAGUUAAUAACAGAGUUGGAAGGGACCUUGGAGGUCUUCCAGUCCAACCCCCUGCUUAGGCAGGAAACCCUACACCACUUCAGACAAAUGGUUAUCCAAUCUCUUCUUAAAAACUUCCAUUGUUGGAGCAUUUACAACUCCUGGAGGCAAGUUGUUCCACUUAUUAAUUGUUCUAACUGUCAGGAAAUUUCUCCUUAGUUCUAAGUUGCUUCUCUCCUUGAUUAGUUUCCACCCAUUGCUUUUUGAACUGCCCUCAGAUGCUUUGGAGAAUAGCUUCACUCCCUCUUCUUUGUGGCAGCCUCUGAGAUAUUAUGGAACACUGCUAUCAUGUCACCCCCAGAAAACUAUUGUGAUCUUACACAACAGUUUUCAUGUUCUUUAUCUUAAGAUAGUAAAAAAAUAUGCCACGAGGUUUUUUUGCAGUAACAGAUAGAAGGAACUGACUCCAAAAAAGAUAUUUAAUUAUAAAUCAUAAUUAACCAAACCUAGGAUUCAUUUGCAUGGACCCAGAUUUACCAGUGUAAACCUUUAUGUUAUAAAUCAGCCCAUUUGAAACCCAUUCUUUAUUUACAUUUGUAAGCUGGUGAAAAAUGUCAUGCCUUUAAUAAAACAGAUCUACAAAAUCAUGACAUAAUAAAUGUUUGUUUUAAAAUUUCACAAGAUUUUGUUAGAAUAAUCCAAAAAAGAUUGGUCCGUCAAACACUGUACUUUGGUACAGUAUAUAUAUUUCAUUUAUAAUCUUCUUAAAAGAUAACUUUUUUGACUUUUGAAUUAUUAGAAUAUUAUAAUAAUUUCAGACUUGUAUAUAGUACCUAUAAAUAGAUAUAGGACUGAUUAUUUUUGCCCACAUAUAGUUAUUUUUGUAUCGGAAACUUUUAGCUCUAUAUUGAAAGCAUCACAAGAAAAUCAGUUUUGCUAAUCAUAAUGAAAUUUGUGUUCACUUUAAUGAGAACUUCAAGUAGAAAAGCUGACUGCAGAAAUGCAGCAUAUAGAGGAUUUUAUAUAUCUGCCUUUUGAAAUAAAGUAUUUAUAUAGAAGAGUGCCAUCUUUGUAUCUUUAUAGGAAGGGAGGUAAUUCAGUCUCUUCCCCUCCAGUGUCUAGCAAUAUCAGAAACGAAAGCAUUAAAAUAUUUCCAAUCUGUGUAGUUAGUUCACACACAUCUGUUGCAAACUGCAAGCUUUAUCUUAAAAAGGAUAAGAGCCUAGCUUUAGAAACCACAGAGAGACAGUUUCCUUUUGCAUAUGAUUUGCAAGCAUAUGAUUCAUGUAAUAUUCAUGUAGACAAAGAAGGCAGAACAAUUGAAACGCUGCUAUUUUUGGAACCUUGUUUUCUGAAUUUAAUUGUUAUUUUCAGUUGAUUUUUUUUCCAGUAAGAAAAGUUAACAACAAAUAAUGGGAAAUCCAGAUGCCAUAACAGAAGCCUACGUGGCUGUCAUUCGUCCAAAGAAUACUGCAAGCCUCAAUUCUCGGGAAUAUCGUGCUAAAUCCUAUGAGAUUUUGUUACUUGAGGUUCCCAUUGAAGGACAUAAGAAAAAGAGAAGGAAAAUGUUAUUAGAAACUAAGAUUCAGGAAGGCAGUGAUAUAACCCAAAGGAUCUUGGACUAUAUACUAGAAACCACCAAACCAAUUUCACCAGGAAACCAAGGGAUUAAAGGAAAAAGAGUUCUGCUAAUGAAGACAUUUCCACUUGGGGAGGACACAGGCAAGGAUGCAUCUCUUUUCGUUGUACCAACAGUUGUCAAAGAUAAUACAAAGUAUGUUUACAGUCCUGGAUGCCCAGUUUUCUACUGUUUACAAGACAUCAUGAGAGUCUGCAGUGAAUCGAGUUCUCAUUUUGCUACAAUAACAGCUAGAAUGUUACUUUUCUUAGAUAAAUGGUUAGAAGAACGGCAUUUGCAAUCACAUUCAAUCCCAGCUUUAUUCAGACCAUCUCCUUUAGAGCGGAUUAAAACAAACGUUACAAACCCUGCUUAUGCUGUUGAACCUGGACAGAGCGAGAGUUCCCUUCACAUGGGAUACACUGCGUUGGAGAUCAAGAGCAAAAUGCUUGCACUAGAAAAGGCGGACAUGUGUAUUUACAACCCUUUAUUUGGAUCUGAUCUUCAGUAUACCAACAGAGUGGACAAAGUAGUUAUAAAUCCUUAUUUUGGACUUGGAGCUCCAGAUUAUUCGAAAAUACAGAUUCCAAAACGGGAAAAGUGGCAACGAAGCAUGAGCAGUGUCAUGGAAGACAAGGAACGUCAGUGGGUUGAUGAUUUUCCUCUUCAUCGUAGUGCUUGUGAAGGCGAUACUGAAUUACUGAGUCAACUUUUGGAUGAAAACUUCUCUGUAAAUCAGUUGGAUAGUGAUCACUGGGCGCCUAUCCAUUAUGCAUGUUGGUAUGGAAAAGUAGAAGCGACAAGAAUGCUGUUAGAGAAAGGAAAGUGCAAUCCAAAUUUGUUGAAUGGACAACUCAGCUCCCCUCUUCAUUUUGCUUCUGGUGGUGGUCAUGCCGAUAUUGUUCAGAUUCUCCUAAACCAUCCAGAAAUUGACAGGCACAUCACUGAUCAACAAGGAAGAACUCCGUUGAAUAUCUGUGAAGAAAAUAAACAAAAUGAAUGGGAAAAAACAGCUAUGUUACUUAAAGAGGCCAUUAAUAAACAAUAUGAAAAAGUACGAAUUUAUAGAAUGGAUGGUUCAUAUCGUUCUGUGGAAUUGAAAUAUGGAAACAAUACUACUGUGCAGCAGAUAAUGGAAGGCAUGCGUCUUUCUCAAGAGGCACAGCAAUACUUCACUAUUUGGAUCUGUUCUGAAAACCUUAGUCUCCAGCUGAAACCAUACCAUAAGCCUCUUCAACAUGUUCAUGACUGGCCUGAAAUUAUCACCGAAUUAACAAACCUGGAUCCUCAGAGGGAAACACCUCAGCUAUUCUUGAAAAGGGAUGUGAGACUACCUUUAGAGAUUGAAAAAAAGAUUGAAGAUCCACUAGCAAUCCUUAUCUUAUUUGAUGAGGCCAGGUACAAUUUAUUGAAAGGGUUCUAUGCUUCAUCUGAUGCCAAGCUGAUCACACUUGCAAGCCUCUUGCUGCAAAUCGUCUAUGGAAAUUAUGAAAGUAAAAAGCACAAGCAGGGCUUCCUAAAUGAAGAAAACUUGAAGUCUAUAGUACCAAUCACCAAAUUAAAGAGCAAGGCACCCCAUUGGACAAAUCGAAUACUUCAUGAGUAUAAGAGCCUCAGUACUAGUGAGGGUGUGAGUAAAGAGAUGCAUCAUCUGCAGCGCAUGUUUUUGCAAAACUGCUGGGAAAUUCCUACAUAUGGAGCUGCUUUCUUCACAGGACAAGUAUUCACAAAGGCAAGCUCAAGCAAUCAUAAAGUCAUCAGAGUUUAUGUAGGCAUCAAUGUCAAAGGGCUCCACCUUCUAAAUAUGGAAACAAAGGCUUUGCUUAUAAGUUUAAAAUAUGGUUGCUUUAUGUGGCAGUUGGGAGAUGGCGAUACCUGUUUUCAAAUACAUAGUCUGGAAAACAAAAUGAGCUUCAUAGUUCAUACCAAGCAGGCAGGUCUUGUCAUAAAACUUCUGAUGAAGCUAAGCAGUCAGCUGAUACCUGAGAGAAGCGACUAAAUUAAAUGGGGAGCUGUUGUGUUCAAAUGUUCCACAUCGAUUAAUUUAACAGGAUAAAAGACAUUGCCUGAUGGAGGUCAUACCAAAAAUAUCUUGUUCAUUUGUACAUUUAUAUUGUACAGCACUAUUCUAAUAUAAUCAUUUAAAGUAUUUGGUAAAGCCAUAAGAAUAAUAUUUGUGUAUGUAAUUAACAGGAAUUCAGGAAAUAAAAUCAAGACAUUCUAGAUGUCUAUUCUAGACAUACUGAGGCAUACUGACAAGGGAAUUCUUGAAGUUGAAGUGCAGUUAUCUUAAAGAUAUCUUAAAAGAUGUCUUAAAGAAUAAACAAUAUAUCUGAAUAGACAUAUUUUAAAUGGGUUUAAAUUUCUUCUGUGUUAUUAUGAAUAUGUUCUAUUUCUAGAUUGCCCAAGAAAGUGCAGGUUUAACUCUAGGGUAGUGAUGGAGCAGGGACAUGGUGGCUCAGGGGCUAGGACACUGAGCUUGUCGAUUGAAAGGUCAGCAGCUCAGCGGUUCGAAUCCCUAGUGCUGCCGUGUAACGGGGUGAGCUCCUGUUACUUGUCCCAACUUCUGCCAACCUAGCAGUUCAAAAGCACGUUAAAAAUGCAAGUAGAAAAAAUAGGGACCACCUUUGGUGGGAAAGUAACAGCGUCGCCACAUGACCACGGAGACAUCUUCGGACAGCGCUGGUUCUUCGGCUUUCAAACGGAGAUGAGCACCACCCCCUAGAGUCAGGAAUGACUAUCACGUAUGUGCGAGGGGAACCUUUACCUUUAGUUAUGGAGCAACUAUGACACAUAUAACACACCACAAUGUUUUGGAUGACACUCCAGUGUCCACCAACAUCAACACCUGUUUUCAAAAGCAUGUCUGUUCUCACAUGAUUUUUGGAGUCUGCAGACUGAGAGAAUGGUAUGUGUUCUUGUGCAUCCUCCAGAACCACUGGAUGUCAUGUGAGAUGGCUGUGCUUUUGUGUGGCCUUUAGAGCAGUGAUGGGCAAUUAAUUUUCCUAAGAGGCCACAUGAGAAACAGGGACUUUUAUGAAGGGCUGCCGCUGUGCUACCCCACAGUCGCCAUGGAAUAAACAGAGAUAAUCAAGGGGCAGGAUAUGGCUUGCAGGCUGUAAAAUGUUCUGCUUUAAUGUCUUCAAAACGUUAGGCCAUGGAAAAGCAUUCUCCAAAGAGAGAGAGGAGAAUAAAUGAAGGCCUCAUGCAACCUAGAACAGCCUUGAGUAGGCUAGGUAACAGGCCUGUCAAGAAAAAGAAUACACUCUGAAGGUACAUGGCAGAUCUUGGGGAGCUCUGGGCUGUGGGGACAAUCACACUUUUACCCAAGGCUCACGCUCCUUGGAGAACAGGAUUAGGGAGGCUUUGCGUGGCACCUGUGGCACUAGGACUGAAAUCAAGGCCUGGGACUCUAUUUCAAGCCCAGCCUUGGUGAUGUUCUGAGUGCUGCUAUUCAGGGCCACAAGAUGUGGUGGGAGUGAGGAAGAAAAUUGCUUGUGUGUGUGUGUGUGAGAGAGAGAGAGAGAGACAGAGAGACAGAGAGAGAAAGAAAGACAGAGACAUCAGUAGAACCAUGUUAGGCAUUUUUGGAGUUUUUAACAUGCUGAAUCCAAAAGGUUUGCCAUCACUGUUCUAGGAGGACAUCAGCGUACUGGCAAUUCAAUAUGAAACCUAUGAAACAUUUGCAUGGGAUCUUUAUAAAUUCCUUAUUUGUGGUGUUGUGGUUAAAAAACACCAAAUUUGUAGUGGUGUGGUUGGAUUAUGAGUGGGAGAGACAUAUUUUAAUUUGUCCACAAGCACAUAAUUCAACUGCUUAAUUUCAGUAUUUUUGUCUUAGCCUAGUCUACCUCACAGUUGGAAAAAUAAGGAGUACCCUCAGUAUGCCUUCUGAACUCCAAAAUAAAUGGUGCGACAUGCAUCCCACAUAAAUAAGUACAUAGAUGCAUAAGUUAUAUGUAACUUGUGAGAUCUGGAAAUCUUUAGGGCAGUGUAACUGGCUACACAUUGGUAUCUCAAAGAUACUUUAUUAUGAUUUGAAUAGAGUUGUCAAUAAGAGUUACCUUACAUACAAUUUGAAAUAUACGGUCCUUUUAUGCCCUUGCUGCAUUAGAUAAUAAUUAUGUUUUUAAAUUAUGUUUAUGAAAUACAGCAUUUAAAAAUAUUUGUAUAUAAGCUCAAGAAAAUGUUUUUCUAAAUAAAAAUAGUUGA